GUGAAAAGGUUCGCGGGAUAACGUCGCUCCGUCAGCGAAUGUGAUCGCGAGUUAUUUAACCUAAUAAUUAGCAGUGCGGCUAUAAUAGAAGACGGUCAUCGAAAUGACCACUGUUGGCUUAAAGUUGUUGAUACUUUUCGUGUUUGGAAUAUCGAAAGCGGAUUUUAAGUCAUCUUCCCGUCCGAAUAUUAUCAUCAUAAUAGCGGACGAUUUGGGAUGGAAUGACGUUAGUUUCCACGGAUCGUUGCAAAUCCCGACGCCGAAUUUGGAUGCUUUAGCUUACAGCGGGAUUAUACUGAAUCGACACUACACGCCACCGUUGUGUACGCCCUCGCGGGCGUCCCUGAUGACGGGCAAACACCCAAUUAACAUCGGCAUGCAACAUCACGUGAUCGAGUCCGAUCAGCCGUGGGGCCUGGGGUUGGAUCAGAAACUUAUGCCACAGUACUUCCGAGAGGCCGGAUACAGGACGCGUCUGGUCGGAAAAUGGCAUCUCGGGUUCUUCCAGAAAGCGUACACGCCGACACAGCGAGGAUUCGAAAGUCACUUCGGUUACGUUGGACCGUACAUCGACUAUUGGGAUCACAGUUUGCAGAUGAGUAAUAGUUCCACCCGCGGGAUAGAUAUACGUCGCGACCUGGAGGUAGACUACACCGUCAACGGAACCUAUGCCACCGAUCUAUUCAACAGUGAAGCUGUUCGUAUAGUGAGAGACCACAACCGAACUGAUCCACUGUUUCUGGUUCUCACUCACCUGGCUCCGCAUACCGGGAACGAGGAUAAUCCACUGCAAGCUCCGGAUGAGGAGAUUCAGCGUUUUUCGUACAUAAAAAACGAAAAUCGACGCGUACUUGCCGCUAUGAUUUCCAAGAUGGACGAAGGUAUAGGCGAAAUCGUUCGCACACUCAAACAGCGAAACAUGCUGGAAAACACCAUUAUUUUAUUUUUCUCAGACAAUGGAGCUCCAAGUGUAGGCACUCACGCCAAUUCUGGAUCAAACUAUCCACUGAGGGGGCAAAAAUAUAGUCCCUGGGAAGGAGCGGUGCGUACUCCAGCUUUUAUCUGGAGUCCUUUGCUAGGAAGGGAAGGUCGAAUUUCGGAUCAAUGGUUUCACACGAGUGAUUGGCUGCCGACCCUUGCUCGGGUCGCAGGUAUUGAAAACAUUCCAUCUGGUAGUGUAAUUGAUGGACAGGAACAAUGGCAGGCCCUUUUAAAUCCAAACCAGCAUGUUCGAAACGUUAUAUUGAACAACAUCGAUAGAAUUCAUCACUACAGUAGUUACAUCAAAGAUGGUUGGAAAUAUAUCAAUGGAACUUCGUGGGAUGGAAAGUACGACCAUUGGUUGGGUAUCGUCGGAACCGACGAUUCCGUCAGUGAGGAAGAAUACUGGACUAGGCUUCAAAAUUCGACAGUUGCGCAAGUUUUGUCGCUGGAUGUGGAACCGUUAAAAGAACUUCGUGAUAAUGCAACUGUAAACUGUGAAGCCCGCCCCAGUGACGUUGCAUGUGACCCGCUAAAAUCGCCUUGCAUAUUUAACCUUAUCGAAGAUCCGUGCGAACGAAACAACACUGCAGCCGAUCAUCCACAUAUUGUACAAAAACUAGGUCAAGAAGUUCAACAAUAUUUUGAAACGGCUAUGGAACCGAGAAAUAAACCAAGUGAUCCUCGUUCCGAUCCGCUUUACUAUAACGUUACCUGGACCUGGUGGCAGGAUGAACAUGAUCAAUCCUCGGGUUAUGCAGUUCCGGUUACCAUUGUUGCGAUUUGCAUUGCUGCUGGAAUAAUAUUAGUAGUUUACACCAAACGCAAACUGUGCCCUGUGAAGGAAAGUUAAAAGCUGCUAGCAGUAUGAACUGUAAGCUGCCCGUUAUAAAAGUUUUAAAUCGAGUUUUUCGUUAGAAAAAUAAACCUCACUCCGAAAUGUUGUUCAUUUCGGUUCACAAUCACGUAGGUUUAAUGAUAAAGACUGAAUCUUUAUACAUACGAAAGUAUCCGUAAAAUGACAACUUAAAACAUAAAUUUAACAAGUAAGCUUUUGCAUUAGUAAACUCAAACAGACUGCAACUUUGUACUCUAUUCAAUCAAAGGCAGGAGCAAAUAAACGCCACCGGCAGGUUGUGCUGCCCGCGUUGCACACUAAAUACCUGUAGUUGCACGAUAAAAAUUACAAAGUAUGGUUGCCACAAUAAUCACGAACUGAACUUGACCUUGUUGUACAUUAACCAUUUAAUCAAUACCAUAGCAACAGUUUCGGUAGAAAAACAAGGGGAUAGAUUUAUGAAACAUGCACCGCUCGUAGGUACUCGGAUUCAGAAAGUGCAGCUGGCUGGAACU